AUGGCAACCCAACAACCUACCGCGACCUUCGUCCCGCGCACACCGACUCCUGCUGAAAUCGCGGACUUUCUCAAGACUCGCACCAGUGCUCAGAUGGUGGAGCUCAUCAAUUCAGUGCAGGAUCGCUCUUCUCAGGGUGCAUUGAUGUCGGCUUUUGCGACCCCAACUUCCUUUACUCCCGCAAUCUCGAAUACUACAGACAAGGCAGUGAAGCCUACGAAGCCAAAGAAAGCCCUCAAUGCAUUCGUUGGCUUUCGCUGCUACUACAUUGGUGUGCCGGAGUUCAAGGCAUUUCCCAUGAAGAAACUCUCCAACAUGCUAGCCGAAAUGUGGAAUGAAGACACAAACAAACCUGUCUGGGCCUUGUUGGCGAAGACAUGGUCCCAUAUCCGUGAUCAGAUCGGCAAGGAGAAUGCGCCUCUCGUUCCGUACUUCGAGCUCAUGUGCCCGGCCAUGCUGUUGCCUUCACCUGAUGAGUACUUCAAGACUUUCCACUGGGAGCUCCAUCUAAAUGAACAAAAUGAUCCAUAUAUCGUCCGCGUCUCCAACCCUUCCGAAGAUACCACAACAAAGUCUGGCGCCACCAUGUCGGUCGAAGAGAUCAUCUGUUAUUGCCAGGCACACAACUACGCGAAGGAAUUCAAGUUCAAUGGUGAUCUCGCUACUUCAUCUACGUUCCAUGUCCCACUUAAACAGGGUCGGAAGACUUUGGACCAGAUUGUCAACACCAUGGAGAGUAAGCGUCUUGCUAAUCGAGAGAAAAAACGUCUUCAACGUAUCAAGAGAAUAAACCAAGGCACUCCGCUGGACCUCCAGCUGAGGCUGGCCCAAUUGCGCGGCAUCGGGGAU